CGUAAACAGAGCAGCAGCAGCUGCGGAGAGCAGAGCCGAGCAGACAGUCCACAGGAGCCCAGCUGACAGGAGCUCGUCUCCCGGUUUCGUGUCCCUGCGACCCACCCGGCCUUUCGGGCUAUAAAAUCAUUUCUUUCCAACUUCAGCUACAGUGAUAGCUAAGUUUGGAGAGGAGAAAAAGGGAGAAACGCCGUGUCUUCUUUUGUUUUUUCCGGUUAUUGUGUCAGUUAGGUGCAGAGGUAGUCGGAGUCGACCUCCUUUUGCAUUACAAAAGGGGAUCUAGCAGAAAAGAGAGAAUAUAUAUUAGACAUAUCAAGCCGGUUGUUUCUAUCUGAAGAGCUUUAAAAUGGAUAACUCUGGAACUAAAAAGACGUGCAUGGAAUCCACCCGAGACUUCUUCACCUCGGCCAAAUUUCUCAUCUACAUGGGCCACGCUCUGUCAACAUGGGGUGACCGGAUGUGGAACUUCGCUGUGGCAGUUUUCCUGGUGGAGCUGUACGGGAACAGCCUGCUGCUCACUGCCGUGUAUGGGCUGGUGGUGGCUGGCUCGGUGCUCCUGCUGGGAGCCAUCAUCGGGGACUGGGUGGACAAAAACCCCAGGCUUAAAGUGGCCCAGACUUCGCUGCUGGUCCAGAACAGUUGUGUCAUCGCGUGCGGGGUCCUCCUCAUGCUUGUUUUCCAGUUCAAAGACCAGCUCACGGAGCUCUACAAUGGAUGGAUUCUGACAACUUGCUACAUCCUGGUCAUCACCAUCGCCAACAUUGCCAACCUUGCCAGCACGGCCAUGUCCAUUACCAUCCAGAGAGACUGGGUGGUUGUUGUAGCAGGUCAGGACAGCAGCAAGUUGGCAGAUAUGAAUGCCACAGUGCGGAUUAUUGACCAGCUGACCAACAUCCUGGCUCCCAUGUUAGUGGGCCAGAUUAUGGCCUUUGGCUCUCAUUUCGUUGGCUGUGGCUUCAUCUCUGGCUGGAACCUGUGCUCCAUGUGUGUGGAGUACGCACUGCUGUGGAAGGUCUACCAGAAGACGCCCGCACUGGCUGUGAAAGCUGGACAGAAGGAGCAGCAGCAGGAGCUCAAACAGCUCAGCCCUACAAAAGAUUUGGAGAAUGGCCAGAGUCCCGAGGAGUCAUCUCAGCCACUUAUGAACGAAACCUCCGUUGUUGCCAAGUCUGACUCUCCCAAACAGCGCAGCUGUUGCUACCAGAUGGCUGAACCUGUGCGCACCUUCAAGGCCGGCUGGGUGGCCUACUACAACCAGAACAUCUUCUUCGCCGGCCUUUCACUGGCCUUUCUUUACAUGACGGUGCUGGGCUUUGACUGCAUCACCACAGGCUACGCCUACACACAGGGCCUCAAUGGCUCGGUGCUCAGUCUGCUGAUGGGAGCCUCGGCCAUCUCGGGCAUCUGCGGCACCGUCGCCUUCACUUGGGUUCGCAAGAAGUGUGGCCUGAUCCGCACUGGCUUCAUCUCCGGCAUGGCCCAGCUCUCCUGCCUCAUACUGUGUGUCAUCUCAGUCUUCGCUCCUGGAAGCCCCUUCGACCUCAGCGUCUCACCCUUCCAGGACCUCUACACCCAUCUGAUUGGAGAGAAGACCCUGCCUGAACAUGUCCACAGCCUGACCGGUGGAAACAUCACUAUGCCUACUACUGCCGCACCAACCCAAGAGCUGCCACCUAUGCAGUCCUACAUGUCUGUUAGUCUGCUGUUUGCUGGCGUAAUUGCUGCUAGAGUUGGUCUGUGGUCUUUUGACCUGACAGUGACCCAGCUCAUCCAGGAGAAUGUGAUCGAGUCAGAGCGAGGUGUGAUCAACGGCGUCCAGAAUUCCAUGAAUUACCUCUUAGACCUUCUGCACUUCAUCAUGGUGAUUCUGGCCCCAAACCCAGAGGCCUUUGGCCUUCUGGUCAUCAUCUCUGUCUCCUUUGUGGCCAUGGGCCAUAUGAUGUACUUUCGGUUUGCCUUCAGGAGCCUGGGCAACCGCCUCUUCCUCUGCUGCUCGCCGGAGCAGAAGGUGGAGGCAGUUGACAAUCCUUCACUUCCUACCACUGUCUAAUCCCAUUAAAGAGACUCUGUCCUGGGUACAUACAUCUCAAACCUUACACUAGCCCUGCAUCUUAUUUAUCUCACUAACAUCUUAGCUUGUAGCUGGCAGAGUGCUAACGUAAAGCGUAGACAACAUGCUAUCGGUAGCCAUUAACCAUUAGCAGUAGCAGAGGAGUAGAAAGUGUUAGAAAGUAGUGAAAGUUUAGAUAAUGCAGGGGUUUCUGUAGCGUUUUCAGUCUGGGAGUCAGAUGAGCGCCUCAGCCAUACACCUAUGGAUCCACGCUCCUUAACACAUGCAUGCGCUGUCCAACAGGGGUCCAUCGCUUCUGGGUGCUGUUGGAGAAAUCAUGGACAGUGCAGUGUAAAAUCCUCUCCACCUAACAGCCCGCAUGUAGCUGUAAAGAUGUCUAAAAGGUGCUUCAGCAAAAAAAAGGGCAGAAUGAGAGAGAAAUCUCAUAGAGGAAGCUGAGAUCCUGACAGUCAGGACGCCACUCGGGUUGCCUCUCAGUUUGGGUUCGUUGGUGCUGUCGCUGCAUCCGCUCACUGUUCUCUCAGACUUCUUUCUGUGCUGGCUUACAUAUAUAUAUACGUGUGUGUGAUGAGCAGGUUGUGGAUACUUUUUAUUUAACCAAACAGAAAACUGGGAUCUUGUCUCUUUAAUGUGUGGUGUUGAGCAUUUAGCUGUGUUUAUUCAGGAAAUGCAGGCGGUGGUUUUUGUAAUGACUGUAUCAUCAGUAUUGUGUUGUGUGCUUGCAGUUGUGCCAUAUGAAACACAAACAUCCUAUGCACCCUUAUCAAUAGCUCGCAGUUACCAAAGUUAAAGUCCAUACAUGGCUUAAAAGGAAGUGAGGGAAACCAGUUUUGGCUGUCUAAGCAUUCCAAAUAUACACAAUAUUUUCCAUCCAGUGAAAAUCUUACUGUAUCUGAACCCACUUGUAGAUUGUAUCUAAUCUUUUUUUUUCUGGUAGUUUACAAUUAUAUGAAGAUGUGUUAGGGCCGUUCUAGGAUUGUGGUGAAUUUUUGUGGAAAGAAACUCCAAGACUAAAAAGCUGUAAAAUCACACUAAAACAAAUAUGAAUAUACAAAAACACAAAAGUGCCAGAAAACGGACAUCACUUACGAGGAAAAGAGAGAAAAAAAAGUUGUAAAUUUAUGGGAAAUACAAUUUUUGAGAAAGUUGUCUAGAAAAAAAGAGGUCAUAAAUAUGUGAAAAAAAUUACAACUGCAUAAUAAUCUUCUGCAUAAUCACAAAUGCAGAAGAAAAGUCAAGAUUUCCUGAGAUUAAGUAAUAAAUUAGUCAAAGAAAUUUAGGUAUUCUUUGAGAUUACAAAACUACCUCUUUAGUCUCUAAAAUUUACAUUUUAAAUUUGUGAGAAGAAACUCUUAAAAUUGCAAAUUUAUCAGAAAAAAAACCAGUAUUUUGACAUUAAAGAAAAAAUUCUUUAUAUUCUCUAAAAUAAAAAUAAAUUUAUUGUGUGUACUAGAAAAAUAUAUUUUUUGAGAAUUUAGUCAUACAUUUAUGAAGAUUACAAUUGGACUCGAAUGUGUUUAGUUUAGUUCUCUUAAAGAAGUUGUAAAUUUAUGAUCUGGAAAAAAUUUAAAAUCUGGAAAAAGUCGUAAUGAUUCUGAUUAUAAUGUUUUUAAGCUAAAAUUAAUGAGAAAUUAAAACUCUUACAGAAUAUUAAGAUAUACAGUGUUGUAUAGAUUUACAACUUUAAUAAAAAGAAGAUAUAUCCAAGUUUCUUUCCAAAUUUCUUUUUACAUUUCUUUUAUUUCAUUUUUUUCCCUCAGAAUACCACCCUUACCUCCACAAGUUUUGUUUUUUGUUUGAACGGCUCUAGCAUGGAUUCAUAUGAACAUCUUAGUCUUUUGAGUUCUCUGGAGUGAUUUUUUUCCAGUGAUUGUCUAUAACUCAGGCACUUUACGUGAUUGACUUCUGUCUUUACACCUAAUGCGUGAUCAGGCAUUAGUUCAAUAUGAUUUUGCACAAAUCUGAAGUCCCGACUUCACCCAAAACCCUCCGCACCAUGCACAGUAAUGCGUUCUCUCUUCAGAUGUCGUUGUUUGGCGGGAGGGUACUACGGCACAUAUUGCAACACCCAGCACUACUACCACAUGGUCAUGAGGGAAAAAUAACCUACCCGAGUUCCUGUAAAAAACAGCCUCGGUUUACCUCAGGCGCUCCCACGUUUCCUCAAAAAGCUACUCAGGGAUCUGAGUCAGCAGGUCUUAUCUGAAAUCACUUUAUGGCACUAAAACCCUCAACUUUUAUUCAGCCGGGGUUGAAAACGUACCCAUUUAGGGAUUUUUGGCGCUUCUGCAUGCCGUUUUUGCCAUGAAGUGAUUAAACAAAUUAAAAAGUUUAAUUUUUUAAUGAAUGUUUCCAGACCUUUACAGAAUCACUAUAAUACAGAAAUAUCUAUAUAAAGAGCGUAGCAUUGAAAGCCCCAAAGGUCUAUUUUGUUCCCUGUAGAGUCAACCCUUCAGUUGUAAGUGGAAUAACAUGUUGUCUGCUUACCUUGCAUUUUUACCUGUAUCCUUUCCACCUCUGAACCUCCGAAAUUUCACACGCCUUAAUGGAAACCAGACUCGCCACACUGGCCGGUGCUCGCAGAUGAAAAGGUUAACCACAAUUCCAGCCGCGGAGGGUAGACGUGUUUGGGUUGGAAGGCGAGUUAACCGCACCAGGUGUGGGAGAACAGAGGGCCAUUUUGUAGGGCCCGUGAAACAGGAUGGAGGAGCUUUAUUUUCAUGUUCCACCUGCUUCACAUUCAGUCUGCGCACGGGAACAAAAGCAGCUCUCAGAACAGGUCUGCUGAUUCAGGAAUAUCCCACAUGGUCAUGAAUGCUAUAUUUUCUAAUGUAAAUAUAUUUAGCUGUGAGUCGAUACAAACUUAAUUGGAAAACAGAAAAUCAGAGUGUAUACUGUUGUUGUGCUGUUUGAAAACUUUUUUUUUUUUACAUUUUUAUAUAUGUAGUGUCAACACUUUGUGAUUCUUUUUUCUGUAAGCUGUAGUUCCUUUUCAUUUGAGCACAUCUGUAUUUUAUUGCUUUCAUCUCUUUCUACAAACAUAUACAUAUAAAUAAAACUCUAUAUAUCAGUGUUAUUGUAGUUUGAUAGAAUAAAAGCACCAAAUCAUUAAGAAAUCCUUUUUGUGUAAUAAUCACACUCCCCUGAAUAUCAGGAGGUUUGUAUUGGUUGUAGUGCAUGAUAUGUCUUAAAUAAAGAAAACCUUUACAAUCA